GGCCUUUGGCGGUUGGACGGCGCUGCGUAAGGCUGGCUUUAAAGAAGCUGGAGGUGGAAGCUGUCGGAGAUCCCGGACCCUUGGAAAGCUGCGGCCUCGGCCUGGGCUCCCCCAGGGACUCCCCGGAACCGCCGCUUCCCCCAUGGACUUGCCUGGGGACCCCAGCCCUUCUAGACAGCCAAGCCUGUGCCGUCAGCCCCUCGCCCGAGCAGUAUGGGAAGCCAGGAGCCCGAAAAGACCGAGGCUGCAGCCCGUGGGGACCCCUUCAUCCCUGGAAAAGGCCUCUCGGCGGGUCCUGGCCGUGGUGCUGGAAGAUGUCAUGGCUACAAACAGGGUGCCCCUGGCACGCCAGGAGGAUACCUCCAGCCCACUGAGCCACAGCAAUCAUCGGGAUUCCGUCUGCAGGCACUCACCGGCUUCACCAGCCCAGCAGGCCAAGUGGUCCUUGCAAGCCAGGCCUGACCCGCUGCCUUUGUGUCGAGAGCCCUUGAGUCGCAUCCACCAGUCCUCCCCCACCUCAAGGAUUCGAUCAAGGACAGGCCCUGGCCCAGACGAGAGCCUUUCACAAAAGAAGGACCAGGUCCCCCAGCCCACCCUGGUGGUGGUACUGGAAAACAUUGCCAGCGGCAGACAACCAGCUGAGAGUCUUGCUGAAGAUGGGCCCACCUCCACUGUCCCGGCACAAAGCAACUUCAGAGGCCUUAAGGAGCAGGGGAACUGGCCUAGAAGGGAUCCGGACCUAGAAGCACCCCCAACUCCUACUCUGUCCCUUCACCCCAGAACUGAGCCUAUGACAAAAGUUCAUCAGCCGGUGCCUACCCCCAGUGAACUAGAACCUCCAUUCCAACCGUCCACACUGCCUGCAGGCCCUCCAGAGAGUCCAGUCCCAGCUGCAGAUCCUGUUCUGGAGGUCCCAUUGACCCCACCACUGUCCAGCCUCUUACGUCCCCGUCUCAGUCCCUGGAGCUUGGCUCCUCUCUUCCGCUCCGUCCGAUCGAAACUUGAGAGCUUUGCGGACAUCUUCCUCACACCUAACAAAACACCACAACCUCCACCCCAAUCAUCACCCGUGAAAUUGGAGUUGAAGAUUGCCAUCUCGGAGGCUGAGCGGUCCAAGGCUGUUGACAGAAUUGCAUUUGUCAGCCCCCGGCCCCCUAUCCGCCAGUGGCGGACUCAGGACAAUUCCCCAGCACCUGUCCCUAAGUUAUCUCUGGGCCGAAGCUACUCCUGCCCUGAUCUGGAGGCCCCUGGCCCAGACAGCUGUACCUGGCCUCCUGUUCCAUCCCAGCCAGGCCAGGCCAGGCCCCGGAGACAUACUGUGGGUUGUGGGGAGAUGGCCCGGACCCCACCACCUCCUCGGCCCUGUCUCCGGAAAGAGGUCUUCCCUCUUGGAGGAGUGGGAGUCUCACCUUCUCUCACUACAUCUUGCUCAUCCACUGCAUCCACUUCCUUCUUCUGCGAACCAGCAGACUCCAGAUUGGGUUCAACCAAGGGGAAGGAGUUAAGAGCCUCAAAGGACAAGGUGCUUUCUGACCCAGAGACCAAGACCAUGGGAAAGGUUUCUAGAUUCAGAAUACGGAGGACGCCUGUCCGUCCACAACCAAACCUUACACCAAUGGGGCUGCCUCGACCAGUCAGGUUGAAUAAGAAGGAGUUUACUUUGGAAGAAAUUUAUACCAAUAAGAAUUACCAAUCACCCACAGCCAGAAGGACCUUUGAGACCAUUUUUGAAGAACCCCGGGAACGCAAUGGAACUCUGAUUUUUACCAGCUCUAGGAAGCUCCGACGGACUGUAGAAUUUCGGGAUAGUAGCCUUCCUCGAUCCCGGCGACCAUCACGAGGGGUCCGCACUGCAGCAAGCAGAACCCUUACUCCCAACCUGGCACCCAGCCAGGACGUGGGACCUCUGCUGCAAGAACGGCUGAAGGAGCUAGAUGCCUUGCUCCUGGAGGAGGAGACAGAUAUGGAACACCCCAGUCAGUUCUAGGAGCUCCAACUGUUUGUCCAUCCGUCCUUCAGGGAGGGGGAAAUUUUUCUGGAUCAAUAUUUUUAUCUAUAUUUCUAUAAAGUUUUCAGUAUGUUUCUGAU